AUGAGAUUACAAUACCAGAAUUCAAACUUCGCAGCAGUUCAAUCUCUCUCCUUUGAUGACAUUGCCGACUUCUUCUCUCUUCCGCCGCUUCCACCCUUGAAAAUGUGCUGUGAAAAUGGUCUUGACCGAUGGCCUUAUCACAAGUUUUUAGCUGGGAAGAGCAUUGAAGAAAUUAAGAGGCAUGCAGCUGGAGUUAGAAGAAAGGAAAUCAGAGCUGUCAAAGGUUCAUUGGCAAAGCUCUCAACCCCCAAAACAAUGAACUACCCAAAUUACAAGUUGUCUCAGCGCUACACAACUUGCAACAAAAAGGAACAAAAAACAUACAAACUGGGCAGGCCCUGAAUUUUGGCCAAAUAAGCUUAAUGACAGGAAUGA